CUGGCCUAUUACUACAUAAAGCCACAUCUCCUGUUAGGAAACGUUUUAAUGCAUCUUCAUUUACCAAUGUUUCAAUCACGGACGGGGACGACUACGUGCGCGCGCCCCGUCUGAUCAGGGCUCAGGCAGGGCAGGAGACGGGUGAAAAUCCUCCGCGACGAUAUGCGCGCCCAGACCAAGCCAGACAGAAACCGCGCGGCAGCCCCAUUAGAGCGCCUCUACGGGAUGAUGGAUGGUUAGUGCUUGAGACAUAGGCCGGGCGGCCACGUAGCGAUGGCUUGCUCCUGACGGUAACGGCAAAGCUCUGAAUCCCUGCAACUCUUGACAGCACGCGAUGAGGAAGAGGGCGCUCGCGAAUCGGCAACCCUCAGCGGCUGGAUGCUGAAGCUGGACAGGCAAGUCCAGACGACAUCGCCUGCAGACGACGCAAAGGCCGAGCGAGAUUCAUAAACUAGGACUUGAGAGCAUCCAAAGCAGCAGACAAGCGGGACAGGAGGAGAUAAAAGUGCAAAUCAAGCAAGCUCAAAUCUAGCUGUCUCCGCAGACUGUCACUGAAUGUACUCACUGUGUUUUUCACACCUGUAGCCUUCUUGGAGCGCGUGGUGCUUUUUUUGUACAAAAAAGGAGUCCUCCGUCAUUGUCUGGCACCUGUUCCUUCCUCUCCCGUCUCGUCUCGUCUCGUCUCAGCGGAGAGCUCCACGACGCUCACUCGGUAACCAGAGGUCAUGGGCGCCCCUCGGGGGUCGGGCUGAGAACAUUGCUGGGACGCUGCGGCUUUGACCGUGCCCGUCUCUUCUGUGUGCUUCUCCUCCCAGGGGAGGGGUGGGGGAUAGACCUGGUGCCCCCUGCCCCUCCUGAACCAUUUGUGUUUUGACUGGACGAGGGCGUCCACCCUCAUCUGUGCUGGCCCAGCCGUCCCCUCAGACGCCCUUCCCCAGCUUCGCCACCCUGAUGAAGUCCUGCCAGGCGGCAAAGGACGCGGUGCCCGCAGACGGAAUGUCCCAAGAGGAGGCAUCCAGGACGCACGGCUCACAGCCUUACUACCACCCCGCCGCUCCCGACGCCAACCUAGCGGGCAAGCUGUACAAGCGCGAGGGCGGGGGCAAGCCCUACUCUGUGCUGGUGGACAACAAAAUGGCCGCCAAGCCACCAGGUGGGGAGCCGGUGCCCGCCACCAACCCCUCCCAGCAGUUCUUCAGGGAGGGGGGCAAGGAGGCAGCACAGGGCGGGCAGAGCCAGAACGGGGGCUCAUCAGAGGAGGAGGAAGACGAGGAGGAGGAGGAGGAGGAGGAGGAAGGAGAGGAGGAGCAAUUCAAGCGGGAGCAGAUCAUCGUGGAGGUAAACCUGAACAACCAGACGCUCAACGUGUCCAAAGGGGACAAGAGUGGUGGCUCUGGCACUGCCAACAUCACAGAGGAGGGCAAGAUGGGCAGUGAGGAAGAGGAGGAGGACGAAGAAGAAGAAGAGGAGGAUGAAGAGGAAGAGGAGGUAGAAGAGGAGGAGGAAGAAGUAGAGGAGAGUCCAGAAGAGGAGGAGGAGGAGGAGGAAGAAGAGGAGGAGGACGAAGAGGAGAACACGAGCCGGACGAGGAGGGCGAAGCGAGCGAGGAGGGGCAUGACCCCGGUGCAGCCCCGCCGCAAGAGCCAGCGCGUCUCGGCCGCCACCGCCGUCAGCGCCACCGCCACCACGGGCAUGACCACCAGGGGGCGCCGCAAGAACACCGAGGCGCCGCCGCGGAAGCGCAGGCCCGCCCGCGAGUCCAAGAGCUCGACCGCCGGGGGCACGACGGGCGGCGAGGUCAAGGCGGAGGCGGGCGAGGAGCGGGAGACGCUGGCGUGCGAGAAGUGCCCGCGGGUGUUCAACACGCGCUGGUACCUGGAGAAGCACAUGAACGUCACGCACCGACGCAUGCAGAUCUGCGACAAGUGCGGCAAGAAGUUUGUGCUGGAGAGUGAGCUGGCUCUUCACCAGCAGACCGACUGUGAGAAGAACAUCCAGUGUGUGUCCUGUAAUAAGUCAUUUAAGAAGCUGUGGUCCCUUCACGAGCACAUAAAGAUUGUCCAUGGCUAUGCUGAGAAAAAGUUUGCGUGUGAGAUCUGUGAGAAGAAGUUCUACACCAUGGCUCAUGUGCGCAAACACAUGGUCGCGCACACUAAGGAUAUGCCAUUCACGUGUGAGACGUGUGGGAAGUCCUUCAAGCGGAGCAUGUCCCUAAAGGUGCACUCACUGCAGCACUCAGGAGAAAAGCCCUUCCGCUGUGAGAACUGUGACGAGCGCUUCCAGUACAAGUACCAGCUGCGCUCCCACAUGAGCAUCCACAUCGGACACAAGCAGUUCAUGUGCCAGUGGUGCGGCAAGGACUUCAACAUGAAGCAGUACUUCGACGAGCACAUGAAGACCCACACAGGAGAGAAGCCGUUCAUCUGUGAAAUCUGCGGUAAGAGCUUCACCAGCCGGCCCAACAUGAAGCGGCACCGGCGCACCCACACGGGGGAGAAGCCGUACCCCUGCGAGGUGUGCGGCCAGCGCUUCCGCUUCUCCAACAUGCUCAAGGCGCACAAGGAGAAGUGCUUCCGGGUCACCAGCCCCGUGACCCUCCAGCCCUCCGCCGCCACCGCCACCCUGGCCAUGCCCCUGCACCUGGCGCCCGCUCCCGGUCCCGCCUCGUCCACGCCCGGCCUGCCCCAGGGCCAGGUGCCCCCGCCGGGCGUGAGCCCCGUGGUCAGCGCGGCCUCCCUGGGCAUGAUGGGCGCGGCGCCCGGGGCGCUCCAGCAUCGAGGCGGAGGUGGGCACGGCUUCUCGCACCUCCACCUGGUGCCAGGACAGGUGCCCGUGUCCACCCAGCAGCAGCAGCAGCACCACCUCCCGCCGCAGCAGCAGGUGCAGGUGCACGGCGGCCACGCCCAGCACGCUCUGCCCAUCCCAGCGCCACCGGUCAGCCUGCUGUCCCCGCCCCCCGCCCUGUUCAAGAGUGAGCCAAUCAACCACUGCGGCCAGGAGGAUAGCUACCUGCGCCACCUGACCCAGCCCGACAAAGGCACGGGACCUGGCCAGCAACACCACUGAGCCCUGACACACACACACACCCCGGUUACACACAACCACUCAUCUCCUCUAAGAUACACACCUCCUGAACCCUAUGCACCAUCCUUUUUUGGAGAGAAAUGAAAUGGUGACAGAAAUGAAAUAGAAACAAAAAAAAUAGAAACAAAAAAUGGCGCUUUCACACACACACACACACACACACACGCAUACACACGCAUACACACGCAUACACACACACACACACACACACACACACACACACACACACACACACACACACACACACACACACACACACACACACACACCAAUACGCAGAGUGUGAAGCUCAGCUGCUGACUUCCAGUUCUCGUACGAGAUAAGCAUUAGAAGCUUGCAUCUUCAUGUGAGUGACAUACGAACAUGACCAAGUGCUGGGUCAAACCAUGUUCCCUGUUGAGACAAUUGACAUUUACAAUGCACUUAUGUAGGCACAAAUACACACACACACACACACACACACACACAUGCAGGCUCAAGUCUCAAAAGCAUUAUAACAGCGCUCACAUUACACAGGCCUCAUUUGAAAGCGAUUUUGCUUUAUACUAGUGAAACAGUACCUCUCUCUCUCUCUCUCUCUCUCUCUCUCUCUCUCCCCUCCUCUCCUCUCUCUCUCUCUCUCGGUCUCUCACAAACUAAUGUCUACUCAGCUGCUGCUGCCUAUGGUUCUACGGGUUACUUUCUUAAUCAGAAACAGGUGCCGGUUAUAGGUGAGGACUUGACGUGAGGUUUGAAACCGGUCAUUCCUCACAACUGUCUAUUUAAAAGAAUACUGAAUGCAACGAACACAAACCUCUCCACACAGGUCUCCCUCAGCGUCUCCUAAGGAGAGGGUCAGGGCUUCUUCAGUCAUACGGACGCACCCACAAGCGUCUCUCCAUGUUUUUUUCUUUCCUCUUUUACACUUCACCUACACACACGUACACACACACACACACUCACAAACACACACAUGUACAAUCACAGACCUGUUGAAGGUGUGCGGUAAGGGCACUUCUAACUGAUUCGGACAUGGUAACGUGGAUCCUCUGAAUGUGACCUCAUGCGGGGGAUUGUCUUCAAUCAAACUGGUUUUGGCAGGUUGUUAUCGGAAGAAAGGAAACGUCUCUGGGUCUUGCCGCAAGAUUGGGGGAGAAAACCAGCUACGUGAAUACCAAGAUGAAAGAGGCAACGCUGUCGUGCUUUAAUAGGACUAGUUAGAAGAAAAAAUGGAAAUUAACGGUUUUAUAUUCUAACACACUCACCUAAUUUUUGUAAGCGUAUAGACAUAUUUACUGUUUCCUUGUUGUGUUUUGUUUGUUUUUUAAGGAAAAUCUCAUGUAAGUGUAAUCAUCAUACUUUGCGUGUAUACAGUAUAUGUAUGUUUGCUUGUGGGGCGAGUGUUGAGGCUGGAGUUGCGGAGACAGAUGAGUCGACAUGUGCUUUGAUGAGUUGGACUGACUCCCUCUAGAAUGUUCUUUUAAUGGACUUUCCUUGUGAAUCUGUGUGUGUCUGAGUGAGUGUGAGUGUGUGUGAGAGAGAGAGGGAGAUUAUAUGAGCGAGUAUGUAAGCAGUGAUGUAUACCCCCUGUGGUGCUGUUCUGAAAAGCUGCUUUCUCUGUCUUGAGUUUGGUGUAGGGGGGUUGGGGCUGGUUGAAAACAGAUAUUUGUCAUGAUUAGGUUGCGUGCGUGUGAGGGAGGGAGGGGUGGAUAGAGAAUUGUCUUACUUUGGUGUCCUUUGAUUCAGCUGCUAGAGGUCUUGGGUGGUGAUCCUGUUGGGAUGAAGAGAAGGAAGGGAGGAGGAGGUCGAGCUGUAGGGCCCCUGUGCAGCAGAGCACUCACCAGCCCCUGCCAAGAGCACAAGGCAUCACACCACUGAAGGGAACUCGCAACGUUCGGCAAAUGAGUGAGCGAUUUAUUAAGUAGCCCAGGAAGAGAGCUGGAUUAUGGCCUGGCUUUUUCGUGAUAAUUUUUUUUCUUUUUUGAGGAGGGGGAGGGGAAGGGGGGGGCUGUUCAAAGUUGGUGUAGUUGUUUUUAUCCUAGGCACUUUACUGCUGUGAGAGACGGGCACGGUUGAGGUUGGAGACUGACAAAGCAUUGUUGUGGGAGAGUGUGUCCUGGGCCGUGUGCGUUUGGGAGGGUGAGUGAGAGAGUGUGUAUGUGUGUGUCUAGACGGCUGAGACAUGAGAGAAAAGGAGGAGAAUCACCUCGGAGGUGCUGAGAGGGUUCGAGUCCUUCGAACAGCAUGAUCGAUAUAAUGUUCAUCAUCACAAUUAGUUCCAUUCUAUUUGGUCCCUAUUUUUGGUGUAUUUUCUCAGCCCUCCCACUCACUAGGUUGUUUGCCAUAAAGUGAUCUAAGAGGGUUGUUGCCCAUAUUCAGUGGUGGUCCAUCAUAGUUGCUCAUAGCAUGAUGGAAGUUAGAGAUCGACUGGAAAAAAUGCAUAUUUUCUGAUACCUCAGAUAGCUUUCCAAAUCAACCAAAUUUGAUCGCUAGGUGACCUAUUUGAGGAUAGGGUUAACGUUAAUGCAGUAUUACACCUCCUUAGAUUACUGAACACACACAGGAUUGCAACUUUUAUGGUUUGAAUUUCUUUUCCAAUGAAAUGAAAUGUAAUAAAGGUUUCAGGAAUGUUAUAGGAACACGAUAAGAACAAUAUUCUAACGACACCAUGGUCAAGUAAGUUAGCUUUUAGUAAUUAUACGGACUCACUAAGUGAAUCCUCCAGGAAAAAAAAGAAACUGAAACAUUUUUUUUUGUUGUGUCCUCUCUGCCUCAUGUAGCCUGCUCCUGAUGGCUGUGUGUGUCAAUCAUAAGGUGGGAUGGCUAAAUAAUAAAUCCAAAUGCUUUUGGGUUUGUUUUUUCUUCUGUAUCACCUGUGUCUGAUUCUCCUCCUUUUUUCCUUGGCAUAUAGAAUGCACUUUCUACUAAAAUCUCGCUAGUUAAAAAAAAGACAAACAAUAAUGAUGUAUAUUCUUUAAAGAUGUGUUUUAAUGUUUGUUGGUUUUAUUUUCUACUCAAUACUAUUCAUUUCCUGCAUUUUAACCACUUCAGUGUAGCAGUGAGUAUUUUAUCAUUGUGAGUCUGGUACCAGUCUGUGCAGCUUGACCACAUUCUGCAGUUUUUGUUUUCCUUUUGACUGUUUAUGCGACAAUGUAAGAGAGAUGCAUUUAUGAUGUAACGAUGGCCUUUUUUUGAUAAUGUACAUUUAACACUCAGCUAACUUUCAGAAGUAAAAAAAACUGUAGCCAUAAUUACAGCAA